UUUUUAAAUAAUUUGGAGAAUCAAAAAGUCGGUGUAAAUUUUCUAAUAAGAUAUAACUUGUUUGCUAUCUUAUAGCUCUUAUUCCCAGGAAACAUCAAGAAAAAUACAAGUAGCCCAACCUGUAAAGUAGCAGAAAAUGAAUAUAUUCCGGAUAUUUUAAAUUUGUGGGCUGUAGGAGUAAAUGUACAUACAGCACCAAUAAUUAGUAUGCCUAGUCUACUGAUAAUAUAUCUGGUCUGCACUCAUUUCUCUCUCAGUUCCUUUAAGAACAAAAUAAAACCAGUAGCAAUAGCCUAUGGUCAACAUUAUUAUUAACCAUAGUAGCCUAUUAGGGUAUUUCUCUUUUGUACUGUUAGAAUUACACAGUAUGAGGCUAUCAAGGCAGAGCAAGCACCACCUGCAUUUGCUUAGUGAUUAAAUAGGGUAAAAAGUAGGUAGCCUACAUGGGCUAUUUUUCAUUUUGAGAUAUUCCACAAAACCCCAUUAGUUGGCAGUAAAGCAUCAUAUGUGAUUAAAGGCAGAUGAUGACUAGUAUCAGCCAAUGGGAGCACAUCAAGUGCUGUCCCUUUUUGUACUGGUUCUAGACCUCUGUCUGACCACCCAUUUAGUUGACAGGUGGCGGAUCUAUCAGUGACAAGCUGCUGAUCACAUGAGAGGGCAACCUGAUAUUCCACCAUCACCUGUGUUCAGUAGGUAACAGUGUGUCUAAAGAGAUGGCUCUGCUAAUGGAGCACCAGCUCAGGCAGCUGCCAGCUGACAGACAGGUGGAGACAAGGCCGUUUCUGGAGGCUGUGUCACAUCUCCCUAUGUUCUUUGACUGCCUUGGCUCUACUAUUUUUGCACCAAUCAAAGCUGACAUAUCUGGGAACAUCACAAAGAUCAAGGCAGUUUAUGAUACCGACCCAGUCCGGUUCAAGACACUUCAGCAGAUUUUGGAGGCAGAGAGGGAAAUGUAUGGAGAAGCGUGGCCUAGAGUUGGAGCGACGCUGGCUCUCAUGUGGCUAAAAAGGGGCCUAAAGUUUAUCCAAGUCCUCCUUCAGAGUUUGGUGGAUUGUGAAAGAGAUGAAAACAACCCCAACCUCAUUCGAUUCAAUGUCACUAAAGCCUAUGAUGUAUCCCUAAAAAGAUACCACGGUUGGCUGGUGCAGCAGCUUUUCAAGGCAGCUCUUUUUGCUGCUCCAUAUAAGGCAGAUUUCCUGAAGGCCCUCUCCAAGGGACGGGAUGUUAAGGAAGAGGAAUGCUUUGAUAAAAUCAGGAAAUUCCUCGUCAACUUCUCUGCCACUGUUGAUACUAUUUAUGAGAUGUACUAUAAGCUGAAUGCUGAUCUUGACUACAAAGUGUGACUGCAGGAUGUUCCUCUUUCCUUCAGCGAUCCACUUAGCUUACAAAGUCAUUUACAUUCUAUAGUCUACAUGUCGACUUGGCUCCAUUUAGGUCAUCUGACAGUUCACUAUGGGAGAGCACUUACAGUAUUCUAUCAUUACACAUCAAAUAUUUUUGCACUGUUAAUUAUCUGUGUACCUGGUCUAGUCUCCUUGUCCUUACUGUUGCAUCUUCACAUCUAAACUCUGUAUUUUUUUUAUUCUCCAUUUGAAGACACAUGUAGUAUAUUACUUGUGUGGU